CCCCUCCAAUCCCUCAGUCUCCAGAGACCAGAGGAGGGGCCGAGGAAGACUGUCAUGUGAUGCCAGAGCACACGUGACUCUGAGUACACAUGACCUUUCAUCGCCGGGCACCUCCUGGAGAGCACAGACGCGGGGAGCAGAGAUGGUAAGAGACGCGCUGUCGCCGCCGUUCUUCCUGCUGCUGCUGCUAUCCUGGGCGCCCCGAGGCGAGACAGCCCCCCAGCAGGAUGAGAUCCAGUGCCUGCCCGGACUGGCCAAGCAGCCGUCUUUCCGCCAGUACUCCGGCUACCUCAGAGGCUCAGGCACCAAGCACCUCCACUACUGGUUUGUGGAGUCCCAGAAGGAUCCCAAGAGCAGCCCUGUGGUGCUUUGGCUCAACGGAGGGCCCGGCUGCAGCUCCCUAGAUGGCCUCCUCACAGAACAUGGCCCCUUCCUGAUCCAGCCAGAUGGUACCACCCUGGAGUACAACCCCUACUCUUGGAACCUGAUUGCCAACGUGUUGUACCUCGAGUCUCCAGCUGGGGUGGGCUUCUCCUACUCGGAUGACAAGUAUUAUAAGACCAAUGACACUGAGGUCGCCCAGAGCAAUUUUGAGGCCCUUCAAGAUUUCUUCCGCCUAUUCCCGGAGUACAAGAACAACGAGCUUUUCCUGACAGGAGAGAGCUAUGCUGGCAUCUACAUCCCGACCCUGGCUGUGUUGGUCAUGCAGGACCCCAGCAUGAACCUUCAGGGGCUGGCUGUGGGCAAUGGACUCUCCUCCUAUGAGCAGAAUGACAACUCCCUGGUCUAUUUCGCCUACUACCAUGGCCUUCUGGGGAACAGGCUCUGGUCUUCCCUCCAAACCCACUGCUGCUCUCAAGACAAGUGUAACUUCUACGACAAUAAAGACCCAGAAUGCGUGACCAAUCUUCAGGAAGUGUCCCGCAUCGUGGUCAGCUCGGGCCUCAACAUCUACAACCUCUAUGCCCCAUGUGCUGGGGGGGUGCCCAGCCACUUAAGGUAUGAAGGCAGCACUGUUGUGGUCCAGGAUUUGGGCAACAUCUUCACUCACCUGCCGCUCAAGCGGACAUGGCAACAGGUUCUGCUGCGUUCUGAGGGCAAGGUGCGUAUGGACCCCCCCUGCACCAACACCACAGCCACCUCCACCUACCUCAACAAUCCUUACGUACGGAAGGCCCUCCACAUCCCCGACCAGCUGCCCCAGUGGGACGUGUGCAACUUCCUGGUGAAUUUACAGUACCGCCGUCUCUACCAAAGCAUGUACUCCCAGUACCUGAAGCUGCUCACCACACAGAAAUACCGGAUCCUGCUGUACAAUGGAGAUGUGGACAUGGCCUGCAAUUUCAUGGGGGAUGAGUGGUUUGUGGAUUCCCUCAACCAGAAGAUGGAGGUCCAGCGCCGGCCCUGGUUAGUGAACUACGGGGACAGCGGGGAGCAGCAGAUUGCCGGCUUCGUGAAGGAGUUCUCCCAUAUUGCCUUUCUCACCAUCAAGGGCGCCGGACACAUGGUCCCCACCGACAAACCCCUGGCUGCCUUCACCAUGUUCUCCCGCUUCCUCAAUAAGCAGCCAUACUGAUGACCACAGGGACCAGCCCCUCCUCCCAGUCUCUCUUGCUAGAAGGGAGGCCCUUCUUUAUGCAAAAUGCCCCUCAGGGGCAGAUCUCUGCCUCCAGAACUGCCCCGCCCUCUUUGCAGCCCUGUGCAUCCCAGACUGGGCCCCAGUGCCUCACAUGGACAGUCUGGGGGGAGUUAGCACUUUAUUCCUGAUGGGGCCAGCUCAGUCCCCUCUCUGCUUAAAGAAUGCCCUUAAUGCACUGAUCCCACCCCAGGAACACAAAGGAGCUCAGGACAGCGCACUGGGAGGGAACGAGGGACUGUAAUUGAUAGAUUGACUGUGAUUAUGGAAUUAAAUUGGGUACAGCUUAAAA